UGAAGAUACCAGUCAGGUCAACUGAAAGAAGAUCUCGAGAAAAUAUUCAUGACAGAAGAAGUCAAGACGCUAUUUGGUGGCCAGGACGUCGAAUUUAGUGUUGAGAUAUGUGAAGAGGAAAUAGAAAAUGCCCGUCGUGUACUAAUAAGUGCUGCAGAAGCAGAUGACAAUUUCAUUAGUGAAUUCAGGAUGAGCACACAAGCGGAAUGUGAAGAUAAGAAUGCAUACAAGACGUUAGGGGAUGCGCACUUGAAGAAAGAAGAAUAUGAUGAUGCUAUAUCAUAUAGUACAAAAUGUCUUGCCAUCGCACAGGAAUCUGGUGAUAAAGUGGCUGAGAUGAAUGCGUACAUGAUGUUAGGAAAUGCGCACUUGAUGAAAGAAGAAUAUGAUGAUGCUAUAUCAUAUAGUACAAAAUGUCUUGCCAUCGCACAGGAAUCUGGUGAUAAAGUGGUUGAGAUGAAGGCAUUAAUACUGUUAGGGAAUGCGCACUUGGAUGAAGAAGAAUACGAUGCUGCUCACUCCCACUUUACAGAAGACAUGACCAUAGCUAGACGACUAGAGGAUAAUCAUAACGUAACCUAUUUUGGAAUACGUAUUAAUGGGAUUUAUGAAAUGGUUGGCUUGUCUGAAGGAUAUAGCGAAUUAUUAUCAUUAAAGGCAUUCCUGAAAAAGCUUCCAGAUGGUGUUCAGAAACGUUUUUUCUAUUCGUUUUUUGACUACGUGUGUUAUAAAGAAAAAGAUAAAUACGAGGAAGCUAUUUCAUGUCUUGAGACUUGUAUGGCGCUCGGAAAGAACAUUAUCAAUAAAGUCGAAUAUCGUGGACUUUUAUGGGAUUUUAAGCAUGACAUCUCUGAGCUGUAUGUGUUACUUGGGGAAUACGAUAAGGGUAUACAGUAUCAGCAAGAAGCACUUGAUGUCGCACGCAAAGAGGGCUCAAAGUCCAAACAGGCAAUGUCCCAUUUAAGACUAGGAGAAGUGUAUUAUAAACUUAAACAGUUUGAGAAUACAGAGAAGUCAUUGAAAGAAUCGUUAACGUGCUAUGAAUUAAUAUUUAUUGGUCUUAAGCAAAACGAUCGAUUCAAAAUAGCAUUCAUUGAUAAAUACAAAGAGGCUUUCAAGACGCUUCUGAAGGUUCUUAUUGAAACCAACAAGAAAGAAGAAGCACUGGUGUUGUCUGACCACUAUCGUGCAGAAGACCUGAAAGAUCUCCUUGUUUCAAGCUAUGAAAUGAAGAAAGAACAAACUGCUGAUGAGGAUUUACAGUACGCCGAUGUCCAGUCUCUUGUUUCCAGCUGUAACUACACUCUUCUGUUUUAUUCGAUGUGUCUUGAAGAGUUGAACACGUUUGUAGUAGAGGCAGGAAACAAGCUUGGAUUUUCAGUCCAGCAUUUGGAAUACUGUGACUCAUGCCUAGACAAGCUUGUUGAUAAAACAUAUGACGAUAUGAAAGUGCAUCAGGUAGAAAAAUGUGAGGACAGAUCAUUAGACGUGAUGCGCUACUCUAAAGCGAACAAGAAUCCCAAAGAAGAUGAAUUAACGCAGCUGUUGUUUCAAGAGAUACAGAAAAGGUUAUCAGAACAAUGUUGUGUAUGCAGAGGAAACCCUUCAGAAAACUGCGAUGAGAGCAGCCUGACCAAUGGCCUGAAAAUAUUGUACCAAAAGUUAAUAACCAACAUCAAGUGUUUGAUUAAACAAGACGAAAUGGUCAUUAUUCCUGAAGGUCCUUUGUGCAGAUUACCAUUUGCUGCCCUACGGGACCCAGACACGGGACAAUAUUUGUCAGAAACAAAGCGAAUAAGAAUGGCUCCCUCAAUAUCAUCUUUAAAGCUUCUCCAAGAAUACCCAGUGGAGCAACAAUCCAAAAACGAAGCACUGAUCAUUGGCGCUGCCGUCGUUGGUCCAGUCAUGUUGGAUGGAGUUGAAACUAAAUUUGAGUUCUUAGAUGGCGCAAUAGAAGAGGCAGAUGGAAUAGCUAUCAUGCUUGGAGCUCGGCCGUUAUUGUCAGCUUACGCUACGAAACCCGUUGUCAUAAAGAGACUACAAGAAGGAGCGUCUGUUGUUCACAUCGCUGCAUACGGUAGCCUGGAAAAGGCCACCAUCGUACUUGCUCCUUCUCCUGAGAUAAGAGCAUCAAAGAUCCCAGAUGAAGAAGAUUACAUGCUGACCAUGGCUGAUGUACAGCAGACUCAAGUACGUGCACAGUUAGUUGUGUUAAGCUGCUGUCACAGUGGGCGUGGUGAUAUUAAAGCUGAAGGAAUAGUUGGCAUGUGUCGAGCCUUUCUCGCGUCAGGUGCUCGUGCUGUGGUGGGUUCCCUAUGGAAAAUCGACGACAAAGCUACUUUGAUGUUUAUGAAAACGUUUUACAAGUAUCUGAGGGACGGCAGGAGCGCGAGUACAAGCCUGCAUCUGACGAUGAACGACAUGAGAAGAACGCCACAAUACAGUGAACCAAAGUAUUGGGCUCCUUUCUUUUUGAUGGGCGAUGAUGUAACGAUCCAGUUCAAAGAUUAGCACAGUAAAGAUGAGAUUAAAACAAUUUUUGAGGAAAUUUUCCUUUAGACAUUAUUUCCAGAAACAGUGAGUAAAAUAUAACAAUUAUCAAGUUUAAAGAUUCAAAGGACUAACAGUAUGUAUUCACUUUAGUGCAAAACCUGUUUUAGUUGGGAGGUGCGUAGAUCAAGACCGCGAAAACGAGGUCAGUGAGGCAAAGAAAAUAUAAUUUUCAAGAUUCUUGCAUUAGUAUUUUUUUCUUAGUUUCCGUGUUGUCAUCAUGUCAGUACCUCGAAGCUAAAAGGGUUUUGCUACUGUAUAUAUGAAAUAUUUAGUGUUUUAAGUUAGAGCUAUAAAUAGCACCUAGUCUAGGACAUUUACCUUGAUAACAAGAACUAGCUAGGGUGACGCCAUAGAGCUAACUCUAUGGUGUCACCCUCCAGUCAUGUAACCAAUAUUGUUGCUUCUGAAUAUAUAUGAAAUAUUUAGCCAUAUCAUAGUUAAUAUUAACUAUUGCCAAAUACAGCACGUAGUCUAGGGCACCGACCUUGAUAACGAGAAUUAACUCUAUUGAUGGUGUUACCCUACGGUCAUGUAUCAAUAUUGUAGCUUCUGUAUAAAUAAAUAUAUAAUAUUUAGCGAUAUACAGCACGUAGUCUAGGGCACCGACCCUGAUAACGAGAAUUAGAUUGAUCAUGGGUCGCCCUACCUUCAUAUAACCAAUAUUGAAUCGGACAUGUGACUGUGAAGGAAUGAGAUGAAGAGUACCUGAUCUAGUUCAUGGUAUAUUGCUAAGACAUUAGUCAGUUUUACUGUAUUAUUUUAACUAAUAUUUUUCUAAUCUAGGGAAGGAUGCAGGGGUUGACUGUUUGGGUGGAGGGUAACACUGUUGUCAGUUUGAUGAAGUCCCUAAGUUCCAUUCUUCUAUCCAAGAAUGUUAAUAACUUUCCAAUAACUACAUUGUAGCGCUAGCUAAGUAACUUUAACAUCCAAAGUUCAAAGAAAGAAGCUGAAAGACUUGUAACUACCUAGUYGUGCAUAGGAUUGUGGGAGUAAAUGUGGGGAAUAUAUCGAAAAGCUCCGCMAUCUUACGUCCCCCAUUCAGCCCCAUAAUCCUUUUCACUUUAAGGAGGUUACAAGUCUUUCUUCAACUUUAGAAAAGUGAGGUCAACUGACCGUAUGACUCGUAAGAUAAAAUACAAACAGGUUUUUUAUUUAGAUAUAGGAGGUUUUACGACAGCCAUGUUGUAGGGUAGGAACAAUGCAAUGUCUUUAUCUGACAAGAGAUUUCAUUUCCCAAAGAAGAACAUUCUUAUUGCUGUUCGUUACAACAUGUCUGCCGUUAAGCCCCUCUGUUGGUUUUAUUUCGAAACAAAAAUAUACAAAAAUAUAAUAUUCACACUUUAUAUUCGUUAGGUUUUACAAGCCAAUGCUUCGUAUAAAAAGUUGUAGAAAAUAAAUAGUGAUAAAAAUAAUUGCGUUGCUCAUAUCAUGGCUUUGAGUUUGUUUUUGUUAUUUUGACUUUAUUAUUAAACUAGUUAGUUAUUGAAUUA